GGGCUCAUGUCAUAAGCCACUUCCUUGGUAGACACUUCAGGAGCUGUGCCAAUGAAAAUCACUGGGAUUGGAGAGAAACCCCACUCCUCAGCAACCUCAAUAUGGAGCAUCCUUAAAAGCUUUAUAGGAUUCUGGUCCAGUGAUCUUUUGACUGCCACAUAUGGAGGCCCAAAAAUCUCCAAAGGAAACUGUCCUCAUUACAGGAGGAGGUGGCUAUUUUGGUUUCCGCCUGGGCUGUGCUCUGAACCAGAAAGGAUUCCACGUGAUUCUGUUUGAUAUCAGCAGCCCCACUCAUUCUAUUCCAGAAGGAAUCGAGUUCAUCCGUGGAGACAUUCGCCACCUCUCUGAUGUGGAGAAAGCCUUCCAGGAUGCAGAUGUCACGUGUGUGUUCCAUAUUGCCUCUUACGGCAUGUCAGGGCGGGAGCAACUGAAUCGAAGCCUGAUAGAAGAAGUCAAUGUCGGGGGCACAGACAACAUCCUCCAGGUUUGCAGGAGGAGAGGGGUGCCAAGAUUAGUUUAUACUAGUACUUUCAAUGUCAUCUUUGGAGGUCAAGUCAUCAGAAAUGGAGAUGAAUCUCUGCCUUACCUACCUCUUCACCUCCAUCCCGAUCACUACUCUCGGACGAAAUCUAUUGCAGAGAAGAAGGUGCUGGAGGCCAGUGGUACCACCCUGCUGAGAAGUGAUGGUGUCUUAAGAACCUGUGCUCUGAGACCAGCUGGCAUAUAUGGGCCUGGAGAGCAAAGGCACCUUCCCAGGAUAGUGAGCUACAUUGAGAGGGGUCUGUUCAAGUUUGUGUAUGGGGAUCCUAGGAGCCUGGUGGAAUUUGUCCACGUGGAUAACUUGGUACAGGCUCACAUUCUGGCCUCCGAGGCUCUGAAAGCUGACAAAGGUCACAUUGCCUCUGGGCAACCCUACUUCAUCUCAGAUGGCAGACCUGUGAACAACUUUGAGUUCUUCCGGCCUUUGGUUGAGGGCCUGGGCUACACAUUCCCGUCUGUCCGCGUGCCGUUGACCCUCAUCUACUGCUUUGCUUUCCUAACAGAAAUGGUUCACUUCAUUUUAGGGCGACUCUAUAAUUUCCAGCCCUUCCUCACCCGCACAGAAGUUUACAAAACUGGCGUCACCCAUUACUUCAGCCUAGACAAGGCCAAGAAAGAGCUAGGUUAUGAGGCUCAGCCAUUUGACCUCCAGGACGUAGUCGAUUGGUUUAAGGCACAUGGUCAUGGCAGAAGUUCUGGAAAUCGUGACUCUGAAUGUCUUGUUUGGGAUGGGCUGAUGGUCUUUCUCUUGGCCAUGGCAGUUCUCACAUGGCUGCCUCCUUCUGCGGUUCUGUCACUAUGAGGGAACUAGAAAUAAGGAGCUGAUCACACUUGCUGAGAUGGUUUUCAAGAAAUACAGGUUUAAAAUCACUAUAUAGGGGCACCUGGGUGGCUCAGUUGGUGAAGCAUCUGCCUUUGGCUCGGGUCAUGAUCCUGGGGUCCCGGGAUCGAGUCCCGUAUGGGGCUCCCAGCUCAGUAGGGAGUCUGCUGCUUCCUCUCCUCCCCACUUGUGCUCUCUCUCUCACUAUCUCUGGUGCUAUCUCUGUCUCUCUCAAAUAAGAUCUUCAAAAAAAUAAAAUUUCUAUCUAGAUCUAAAUAUAUCUAUAUAUAGAUUUCAAAUAGAAAUAGAUACGUGGUAGUGAGUUUUGGCUCUUCAAAUUGCUACUUAAGAAUAGAUUCUUGGAUUAAGUCUUCAUUUCUUACCUUCUUGCACUAAUCCUGAGGGGAGAAAAAAAGAAGCAAAGACAAGUUUGAAAUGUAGUUUCUUGGUAUCCUUAUCCUUUAGAUAAGUACAGUAGAAGUCAUAUUGGUGCCACAGAGCCAGAAUGAGGAAGAUUGGAAAUGUCUUGAAUUUCUCUGAGCCAAAGAUGUACUUAUUUCUGUUCCCUACACUCUGCACCCACUUAAAAUAGACUAAAAUGUGCACUGAUAUGGGAAUGGCAAAACACUAACAGGCUUGAGUAUGUGUGAAAGACACCAAAUUGGGUCAGAUCCCUGCAGACCAACCCUCUGAGGAGAUGGUGGCUGUUGAGAGGCAUUAACUAGUCAUUCCUGUAGGGUUUAGGAAUGAGUUUUUACCCUUUAUAACAUCAGGGCGUUGCACCCAUGUGACCACAUGGUAAUGUUUGAUUUUUAAGCAAACAGAACUUUGUCUUACCUCAUAGGAUUCUUUUGAGGAUUAAAUUCGACAAGGCAUAUAAAGUGCCCCUUAACACAAGCAAGCCGUUGUUUCUGUUAAUGUCAUUGCUAUACAUUCCUUAUAAGGGUUUUCUUCCUCAGGGUGGUUCUGUUCAGAGGGUGCUGUUGCCACCAACCUUUCAGGAAUGUCUUUGUGGUAAGCCCUCAGAGUUUGUAACAAGCAUGUUUGAAUAUACUCAGUGUGUGUAAGGUUCUGGUCUCUGAGCAGAGAUGGAAGUUUAGGAAACAACUACAAAUCUGAUUAAGGAAGAUGAUCAAGCUAAUGAUGCCAUAUGGAAUUUAAAAGUGAAACCUAACUCUCAACUAAUAGAGUGGCUUUCUUCUGGGAAGACGUUGGGUUCUCUGAAGGCAACUUCCAGUGAGGAAUGUUUUGAAUAAUGGUGUUACUGUGUAGCCACCCUGGAGGACUGCUGUGGACAGCAUCCAAAUUGCACUGUUGCACAGAAACCAAAGGGAAAUGAAGAGAAUCUUUAUCCAGUCCAUGAUUUCGGCUUCAGAAAAGACAGUAUUGGGACGCCUGGGUUGCUCAGCAGUUGAACACCUGCCUUCGGCCCAGGGCGUGAUCCUGGAGUCCUAGGAUCGAGUCCCACAUCAGGCUCCCUGCAUGGAGCCUGCUUCUCCCUCUGCCUGUGUCUCUGCCUCUCUCUCUCUCUCUCUGUCUCAGGAAUAAAUAAAUAAAAUCUUUAAAAAAAAAAAAACCAGUAUCAAAGCAUAAGGCAGAUAGAUUGCUGUGGAAGGUUACAUUAGAGUCGUGUUGAGAUUACUUGUAGGAAAAGGAAGUUAGAUGAAUACUCCCUGCCUGGUAAGUGCUGUCUGGAUGUUUUGGAAAUAAUGCUCAACCUGAUACGAGAAGACCUGCAACCAUGAAUGAAAUAUUGUGUAGCCUUAAUCUAGUAACUGAAGCCUCUUACUUUCCUCAUUUCCUCAUGGGAAUGACUUGUAUUUGCCUUUUCUACAAACCCACCCAUCUCACAGCAUUUGUUGUAUCAAAUAAGAUGUCAUGAAAGCACUUUUAAUCUAUAAAUCGCAAAAUAAAUAGGUGAUGGUAGCGAUCACUUCUGAUGAAA